GAAAGAAACCCCUUCUCCUUUGUUGGGGAAAGAUAGAGCAGACACGGUGAUCAUCGGAGGUGGUUGUGUUGGUGUGAGUCUAGCCUAUCACUUGGCUAAAGCUGGCUUGAAGGAUGUUGUUCUGCUAGAAAAAUCUGAGCUCACUGCAGGAUCUACUUGGCAUGCAGCUGGUUUAACUACUUAUUUUCAUCCUGGAAUAAACCUGAAGAAAAUUCAUUCUUACAGCAUCAAACUCUAUGAAAAGCUGGAAGAAGAGACUGGACAGGCUGUGGGAUUUCAUCAGCCUGGCAGCAUCAGAAUUGCUUCAACUCCUACUAGGGUGGAUGAAUUCAAAUACCAAAUGACUCGGGCUGGUUGGCACCCAACAGAGCAGUACUUAAUCACGCCUGAGAAAGUACAAGAGCUAUUUCCCUUAUUGAACAUGGAUACGGUUUUAGCUGGCCUGUAUAACCCUGGAGAUGGUCAUAUUGAUCCCUAUUCUCUCACUAUGGCCUUGGCUGCAGGAGCCAGAAAAUAUGGUGCCCAAAUAAAUUACCCUGUCCAAGUGACCAACCUGAACUCCCGAUCAGAUGGAACAUGGGAAGUUGAAACUCCACUUGGAAUAAUUCGAGCAAAAAGAAUUGUGAAUGCUGCAGGUUUCUGGGCCUGUGACAUUGGCAAGAUGAUUGGCCUGCAGCACCCUCUCGUACCUGUUCAUCAUCAGUAUGUUGUGACAUCAACUAUCCCUGAAGUGAAAGCCCUAAAAACAGAAUUGCCUGUGAUUCGUGACUUAGAAGGAUCAUAUUAUCUGCGGCAAGAAAGGGAUGGUCUUUUAUUUGGUCCGUAUGAAAGUGGGGAGAAGAUGAAGCUGCAGGACUCAUGGGUAACAAAUGGAGUUCCACCAGGUUUUGGAAAAGAACUUUUUGAGUCUGAUUUAGACAGAAUAAUGGAGCACAUUGAAGCUGCCAUGGAAAUGGUCCCUGUUCUGAAAAAAGCAGACAUAGUAAACACAAUUGCGGGUCCUAUCACCUAUUCUCCAGACAUUCUUCCUAUGGUGGGACCACAUCAGGGUGUCAGAAAUUACUGGGUAGCUAUCGGUUUCGGGUAUGGCAUUAUACAUGCUGGUGGCAUAGGAAAAUACCUCAGUGACUGGAUCCUUGAGGGGGAACCUCCAUUUGACCUGAUAGAAUUAGAUCCCAACCGCUAUGGAAAGUGGACCACCAUAGAAUACACAGCAGCCAAAGCAAGAGAAUCUUACGGUUUUAAUAACAUUGUUGGUUAUCCUAAAGAAGAAAGAUUUGCUGGAAGACCAACAGAGAGAACCAGUGGGCUGUAUGAUUUGCUGAAGUCAAAAUGUUCAAUGGGCUUUCAUGCAGGAUGGGAGCAACCUCAUUGGUUCUACAAACCUGGAGAUGAGACUGGAUACAAGCCCAGUUUUCGACGCACAAAUUGGUUUGACCCUGUAGGUCGUGAGUAUAAACAGGUUAUGGGAAAUGUCGGUGUGAUUGACCUGUCACCAUUUGGCAAGUUUAAAGUGAAAGGCACAGAUUCUGUUAAGAUGCUGGAUCAUCUGUUUGCAAAUGUUGUUCCAAAGGUGGGUUCCACAAAUAUAAGCCAUAUGCUAACACCAAGAGGAAAAGUUUAUGCUGAGCUAACAGUAUCUCAACUGUAUCCUGGAGAAUUUAUGCUUGUAACUGGCUCAGGGUCAGAACUCCAUGACCUGAGAUGGAUAGAAGAGGCUGUGAUGAGAGGCAGAUACAAAGUUGAAAUAGAAAAUGUGACAGAUAAGAUGGGAGUACUUGGUGUAGCGGGUCCCUACGCAAGACAGGUCCUCCAGAAGUUGACAGAUGAGGAUCUAAGUGAUGGUUCAUUUAAGUUUCUCCAGUCUAGACAUCUGAAACUUUCUGAUAUUGCUGUUACUGCCAUCAGGAUAUCAUACACAGGUGAAUUGGGCUGGGAGCUUUAUCAUGGAAAAGAAGAUUCUAUAGCUCUUUACAAUGCGAUCAUGGAAGCUGGCCAAAAAGAGGGCAUUGACAACUUUGGAACAUAUGCUCUGAAUGCUUUAAGACUGGAAAAGGGUUUCCGAGCCUGGGGAGCAGAGAUGAACUGUGACACUAAUCCCUUGGAAGCGGGACUGGAAUGCUUCAUAAAGCUAAACAAGCCAGCAGACUUUACAGGAAAGCAAGCACUGAAGCAGAUUAAAGAAAAGGGGCUCAAACGGCGACUGGUGUAUCUCACCCUGGAAACAGAUAAUGUUGAUCCAGAGGGAAAUGAAAGUGUGUGGCAUAAUGGCAAGGUUAUUGGCAACACCACAUCUGGAAGUUUCAGUUACAGUGCUCAGCAGAGUCUGGCUUUUGCAUAUGUUCCCACAGAAUUCAGCAAAGUUGGACAGAAGUUGGAAGUCGAACUGUUAGGAAAAAAUUAUCCAGCAACCAUUAUGCAAGAGCCACUGGUGCUGACUGAACCAACAAGAACGCGCCUUCAGAAAAAGGGUGAAAGUCCAAAAAUAUAAACACAGAUAGGAAUACAACAAAUUGAGCAGUAGGAAAUAGUUCCAUUAAUACGCAUGAAAUUAAGAGAAUGAGACUACUGAGAUUUGCAGAUUACUAAGCAUAAGAUCCUCAUUGCCAUACAUAGUUGAGAAAUUCAAUGG